GUACCGACAUUUUCAAAUUCACUAUUCGUCUUGCACGUUUCUCUCACAUAUCCAAAAUUUCAACGUUUGUUUCACUUACGUUUACUCCAUCUUCUCGAUUGUCUCACGUUUACAAAAAACAACACCACAAUGAUGUCGCCAGUAGAAAUUGUUAUGUCGAUUUUCGCUAUUCUCGUCAUUUCCAGCGAGGCAGCCACCAUACGAGACUAUGAGGAAUUUCCAGGAAGUAACAUUGUCAAAGGAAUGUGCCCAACAGUUGGACUUAUCGCAGCCGAAUACAGAGUGACCGUCAUUACCGAGACGAGUUCGGAUUCGCUGGACGUCGGAGGGUGUGCCUCCAUUGACUUUAAGUCACCUGACAUAGCAAAAAAAUCUUUUAGCUUGUGGAUUGGAAGUUUGAAGAAUGGCAUGCAACGUUGCCGUGAGGAUGAUAUGGAACAAUUAAACUUUACCUGUGUGGCCCUGUCGCAGUCAGAAGACUUCAUGAAGGGAAUUAUGUUUUCACAGCUAUUAGGCCAAGACAACAACAAGGAGAGCAAACAAAGAUGUGCCAUUCACGACAUGGUCAAUGGAAACGGAACGAUGUUCAGAAUUGCGGUUAGUGGUAACGAUUCAUGCCACGGCUUAGCUGAUCUACUACAAUCAAACCUACAGACAACGAUUCCCGAUGGUGCCAUGGUACUGCAAUUGAACAGAAUCAGAUUGGUAUCUAAUCAAUUACGAUCAAGAGACAGUACAUCGCAUGGGUAUGGCCAUUCAAAUGUUAUAAACCACUUUUCUGGUAGCUGGGUCAAUAAGUUGUAGAUAUUAACCCAAAUAAUCAUUUCCUGAUUACAAUUAUUAUAAUAAAAAAACU